CAGCCGCGUACACAGGACGACAGAGCUGUAUCCCGUUGUCCUCGGUGCUUUUCUGUUGCAGCCCUUCUCGUCUCUGCACUCAACUUCCCCUUCCCUUCUCGAUCGGCUUCCAUUAUAUAUAUGUUAGUUUCAUUGAUAUCUUAAUUAGUUGAUUGCCUGCUAAGUUAAUUCCUCCUCUUCUAUAUCUGUCUUUCUAAAGAUGGGUGGCGAGGGCUGCAUCCUGACCUUGGCCAUGGUCGCUGUUCAGGCCGGUUACGCAGGUAUGAACGUGCUUUCCAAGCUGGCGUUGGACGACGGCAUGAGUCCUUUUGUCAUCACUGCUUACCGGCAGGUCGUCGCCACUCUCAUCCUCUUCCCCAUUGCCUUCUUCCUCGAGAGAGAAGCUUUCAAGUUGAUCACAGGCAAAGUCAUCAGCCAGAUUCUCCUCUGCUCCAUCUUUGGGGCUACAUUGAACCAAGUCCUGUACUUCCUCGGGCUUAAAUUAUCGACCCCAGCGAUAGCGUGUGCCCUCAACAACACUCUCCCUGCCAUCACCUUCAUCAUCGCAGUCCCUUUCAGAAUGGAGACGGUGGGUAUUCGAACACUCGCAGGCCAGGCCAAGGUCGCAGGAACGGUUAUAUGCGUUGGCGGUUCCAUGCUGAUGACCUUCUACAGAGGAGGCCUCAUCAGAAUGCGACCCUCUCCCAUUCACUGGAGGUACGCCGCAGAGAUGAACAGUGAGGUCGGUGCCGGCGGCCAGAACAUGGCCCUCGGUGCUGCCUUGGUCAUCGCCAGUUGCUUGGCCUGGUCGAGUUGGUUCAUCAUCCAUGCGAAGAUGAGUGAGAGCUUCUCUUCUCCCUACACCAGCUCGGCCAUGAUGUGCUUCAUGGCCGGCGUGCAGUGCCUGGUUUUGGCAGCUAUCACAGAGAGGAAAGCCUCGGCCUGGGCGAUGGGUUGGGACAUCAGGCUCGCCGCAUCCAUCUACGCUGGUUUGAUUGGCUCCGGAUUGGCCGUGUCACUCAUGUCAUGGUGCAUAGCGAGAAGAGGUCCUCUGUUCGUCUCCAUGUUUAGCCCACUAUUACUGAUCAUUGUGGCAGUCCUCGGUUGGGCGAUCCUCGAUGAGAAGCUCUACGCGGGAAGUGCAAUAGGAUCAGUGUUGAUAGUUGGAGGGCUGUAUAUGGUUCUUUGGGGGAAAAGAAGGGAGAUCAAGCAGUUGAGUGAGAAUCAGAUAGCUGAAAAAGAGGAAGUCGAGGAUGAGGAAGGAGGGAGGUUCUCUGUCAUUAGUUUGCCGGUGCUCUCCAGUACUCCACCCAAGUCUCCAAUGCCGCACAAGUACGAAGAAGAGUAGUUCAAUGAUCUAUAUAUGCAGUAUAAAACUAGAGUUCAUGCACUGCUGAUCUGUCGAACUCCCUUUGCUGUGAUAUAUGGUGUGUGGCUAGCUCUACGCUUGUAGAUCAUC